GCAAUGUCUGAAUGUGAGCGCCCAGAGCAAGGUUUCCCUAUGUGGUGCAAUAUGAUUGGAGGCUGCAAGCCACGCAUGGUAUAAAGUCUGCUUGGUUUCCAGCACUGCAGAAGGGAAAGAGCUGCCGGACACAGGAAAAGCAAGAUGGUGGAUGUGCCGACAGUUGUGUUAUCCUCUGCGGGGACACUCUGUGUUGCAACCUUGUUGUUCACACUUUAUAAUUGGAGGCGUGCCCAUAUUAAAAUGGCAUUGAGUCUAAGCUAUCAAGCCAUCAAAAACAUUUUGUUAUGCAAGUCUAAGGAACAGAGAAUUUUGGACUUUGUGCUGAAGAACGCCAUCUCUGGGGACCCAAAGAGUGUAAUAGAUAAUGUUGACAAAUACUGCAGUCAAAAGGAGUGGUCUAUGAACGUGGGAGAUGAAAAAGGUGUUAUCUUGGAUAACAUAGUAAAGGAGACAAACCCAUCUACAUUGCUGGAGCUGGGAACAUACUGUGGAUAUUCUGCUAUUCGGAUCUGCCGCUCACUGAAGCCUGGCGCUCGCUUCUUCACGGUGGAAUUCAACCCAGCCUAUGCCGCAGUGGCCAAGCAGAUGAUUGAAUUUGCUGGGCUUAAGGACAAGGUGCAAGUACUUGAAGGUUCCACAAGUGACAUUAUCCCCCAAUUGAAGAAAAAAUAUGAAGUGGAAACUCUGGAUUUUGUCUUUGUAGAUCAUUGGAAGGAUAAAUACAAGCCAGAUACUCAACUUUUGGAAAAAUGCAACUUGCUGAGAAAGGGCUCGGUUGUACUUGCUGACAACGUGAUUGUGCCAGGAGCUCCAGAUUUCCUAGAAUAUGUCCGGAACUGUGGCAAAUACGACUGUACCAAUUUUCCAUCUUUCUUGGAAUAUAUGGAUGAAAAAGAUGCGCUUGAAAAGGCUGUUUUUAGAGGAUAAAAGUGGUUGUGUUUGUAGCAUGAUGGAUCAGUACUUAGCAUGUUUCCCUUGCAGCACUGGGUGCUAUGUUUAGCUCCAGUCAAGGCAUUAUCUACAAACGUCUGUAUAUUCUCCCCGUGCUUGUGUGAUUUUCUUCCAGGUUCAUCAGUUUUCUUCCCAACUCCUAAAACCUACAGCAAGGUUACCAAAUUGUGAUAAAAUUAACCAUAGUGUGUGUGAUAGGAAGCUUAGAUUCUAAACUCAACUGAAGCAGGGACUGAGACGAAUGCAGUAUAAAGUGCUGUGGAUCAUGUCGAGGCUUUCUAAAUAGAGCAUAAUAAUUAUUAACAUUUUAAUUAUAUUUGCAUUCUAAUUCCUUGAAUGGGAUUAAAGCCUCUUUGUAUGUACUUACUAUGGUAUAAUGAUGCUGAUGGUGCCUUUUGUGUUGUUUUUACUAAAUAUUAAGGCGUUUAAAUGUUAAAAUGUCUCAAAAAUAAAAUGAAAAACAGG